AUGCUGGGACUUGUUGACUGGGUGUUUCUGGCUCAGUUCAUUGUUCAAUUCCUUCUGGGGCUGCUGGUGAAUGGUUUCAUUGGGCUGUUCAAUGCCCGUGGAUGGAUCAAGAGCAAGAGAAUCUCAUUGUAUGACUCGAUCGUCACCACCCUGGCCCUCUCCCGGAUGGUUCUGCUGUGGAUUCUCCUGUUUGAUGGGGUUUUGAUGUUAUUCUCUCCUAUCGAACAUGAGAGAGGGAUUGUCAUGAAGCUGAUUGAUUUCUUCUGGACACUUACAAAUCAUCUGAGCAUCUGGCUCACCACCUGCCUGGGUGUCCUGUACUGCCUGAAGAUCGCCAGUUUCUCCCACCCCACUUUCCUCUGGCUCAAGUGGAGGGUCUCCAGGGUGGUUAUGUGGAUGCUGCUGGGUGCCCUACUCUUGUCCUUGGGAAGUACUCUGUCUCUGAUCUGUGAAUUUAAGGACCAGUCCGGCAUCACAGAGAAUGUGACAGAUAACAUCAGAAUGAAUAUAGGUGAAUAUUCAUUCAAGCUGAUCCAUGUCUUUGGGACUUUCUGGUACCUCCCUACCUUGGUGGUGACCCUGGCCUCCUACUUUCUGGUCAUCCUCUCCUUGGGGAGACACACCCGUCAGAUGCAGCACAGUGGGGCUGGCUCUGGGGACCCCAGCACUGAAGCUCACAAGAGGGCCAUCAAUGUCAUCUUCUCCUUUGUGCUUCUCUUCCUGCUCAAUUUCAUCACCCUUUUAAUUGCAUGGUCUAGUCAAUUUUUUCCUGAACCGAAGAUAGUGGCAAUGACUGCAGAUGCCGUCACGAUGCUGUAUUCCACGGGCCAUUCAUUGAUCCUCGUUCUGGGAAGCCCAAAGCUGAGGCAGGCCUUUGUGCAGUUGGUCCCAUCUGGGUUGAUGUAA